UACAGUACGAUAAUUUAGAAUAGUUGGUACAAUGGUUAUGCUUUUCGCAUUAUGGCAGCACUGUGCUUGCUCACUCACUUCUCCAGUUGACACUUGUUGACUUGUCAGUUGUUUACUUGACUUGACUUUGAUACCUGUCAUUACGCGAUAUUAUCUGAGUUUGAUGUGGAGCUGUUGAUUACUGCAGUUUGCAACCGACCUGCUCUUUAGUUGGAUGGAAGUUUGCAGAGUGAUCAAAGAAGAUUUCGUAGCUUUAACCAUUUCCCAACAGAAAAAGUUUGAAAAUGAAUAGGUCUAGAAAGAAGCCGAUGCGAACCUACGGAAGAAAGAAGACAAAGGUGCGAUAUAUGAAAACUAAUGUCAGUAUUCAUCUUACAAAUAAUUACAUCACCAACAAUGUGUUCGUCAUCAGCUCUGAUGAAUUGUCACCGAAACUAUCUUCAAAUAAUGUCAAAAAUCCAACUAAAGAGAAAUCCAACCUUCUUGACUUGUAUAAUUCGUCUACGGAGAGAAAGUUUGAUCUUCUUAUUGGAAAAAAACCUUGCAAUAUAUUUUCAUCUUCAAAUUCGUCAUUAUCUACACUUGGAGAGCCAUCCACAUCUGGGCUCUCAAAAGCUUGUUCUUCAGCGUUGUCUUUGGUGUCAGUGCAUGAGAAUCUACCCUCAACGUCAUUGUGUCAAACAGAUUUGGAAAACAGACUUGCAAUAGAUUCUUGCAAAGAUGAGGGGAAUAGUUUUGUUCGUAGCACUCAGUUCAAAUUAACUAAACAUGUUUGUUUGAGAGUAACAUCGAGAGCAAGAAAACUUAGAGUAUCAAAGCGAUUUUCAUUUGGCGGUGUUCAGCAGAACAGCACUCCGAUUCAGAAAAGUAAAAGAGAAUCGGAAAGUCCCAUUGUGGAAUGGGGCUUGUCUCCAAUUGCUGGUAUCGUAAGAGACGAUUCUGCAAAUUCAUCAAACUCGCCUGAUAUAUUUGAAGAAUUUAACAGUGAUGGUGAGAGUCAGUCACAAAAUGAUAAUAAUCGACUCCCAAGGACUUCUUUGAGGCGGAAAAGAAGUAGUUUAAAACGUUAUAGUGCUAUGCGUAGUAGAAAAAGAAGAAGUUCUUUCCAACAAGCAGUGGAAAUCAGUGAGAUUGAUGAAGAUGUGCCGAAUCAUAGCAUUACAUCGUGCCAAGCAGACCUAACCAAAAGUUAUCUAAAAGAUCCAACUCUUGAAGAAACUGCUAUUCUUCCAGCAGAUAACGUUAGCAUAAAUUCUAUUUCGUCUUUCACAACUGAAAAAGAUGAUGAGCAACCAAAUGGUAAACAAGAUAUUCCAUUAUCAGAAUUAUCACAGCGAUUGUCCAACUUAGAAAUCGAUUGUCCAGAUGAAAGGUGCGUCAUUCAAGUGCACGAUUCACACAUCGAUAAAAAGUGCACAUCAAUCUCUUCAAACAAAUCUAGAUUACAUUCAAAUACAUCUCUAGUCGAAUCCAUGAGAAUGUCCGUCGCAUGCUCAUCUUUUUCGUCUCAAAUCGAUAACAAAAGAGAUGAAAUAGAAGAAGAAGACGAGUUGAAAGAUGAACCUCCGAAUACCCUCAAUUUCUCUAGUAGCUCUGAUGAAAAUAUUUCGAAUUGUAACAGAAAUAUUGGAGAAGAAAAAGACGAGAGUAAAAUAGAAAAGAUUUGUAGACGUGUAAAAGAAUUAAGCAGCGAUGAAAGUGACAAGCAGACGGAGAGUGAAGAUCAUACCGUAACAUCUCAAGAUUUUCUAGGCUUUAGAACGGAAAAUGUUGAAGCUGUAUAUACUGACCUCAAAGGCGUUAAAGAAGAAGACGACCAUGAUGACGUUGAAGAAGACUCUGAAGAUGAUGAAAGUAAGGAAUAUUGUUACAAAGACUUCGCUGAAAAGGAAUUCAAGGGGAAAAUCAACUCCACAAAUGUUUUGGAUGCAGAUAGCUCGUUAUCUAUGACAGGGUUUGAGCUUAACAAUGACCGCACAUUCGAUUUCAUACCUGGAAAAAAGUAUAGGCGGAGUCUUGGUGCUUUCCGUCAGAGCAAAUCAUCAACUGGACUAGGCUCUUUAUCACGUGUGGGAUGUAAUCGGUUCAGUAUCAUUCGACCAUCGGCAAAAUUGAAAGCAUCCACUCGAAAGACUUUGAUUACAACAACUAUCGAAGAGGAUCUUGAUGAAACACUAGAUGUGAUAAAUGUUGAUGAAGAUAAAGACGCUGCUAAAAACAAGGUUCUCAGUCUAUGCGAUCAGACUGAUAUUUUAAAAUUCGAAUCUGUUUUGUAUGAAAGGUAAAUAUUUGUUUAUAACGUUAAUCAUGUUAUUUUAUGUAUGAAUUCAAUUUUACUUCUUCUUUUGAAAUUAAUUAUAAUUUAUCCAAGUUCUAUUUCGU